AUGAAGGGGCUUUUCAAGUCCAAGCCUCGGACUCCCUCUGACCUCGGCCGACAGACGCGCGAUCUCUUUCUCUACAUCUCUCUCCCUGAUUCCAAGGUGGUGAUGGCGGAGCUGAGCAGGAACAUUCGUGAUAUGAAGUCCAUUCUCUAUGGCAACAGCGAGGCUGAGCCUGUUGCUGAAGCUUGUGCUCAGUUGACUCAAGAGUUCUUUAGAGAGGAUUCUCUUCGUCUCUUGAUUACUUGUCUCCCUAAACUCAACCUCGAGACGAGGAAAGAUGCUACACAAGUUGUUGCUAAUCUGCAGAGGCAGCAAGUCAAUUCUAAGUUGAUUGCUUCUGAUUAUCUUGAAGCCAAUCUUGAUCUCAUGGAUGUUUUGAUAGAGGGCUUUGAGAACACGAACCUGGCUCUGAUACCAUGA